GCGAGGCGGCGCUCACUUGCGCACGCAGUGCGUCGUCGUUAAGGCGGGCACGGUCGUCGGGACGGGCACUUUGGACGAGGUCAGGCGCGACUGGGGCGACGUCGAGAUGGCCGGCAAGGGGGUCGGGCGAGGAGGCGGCCUGCGCAUCUACUUCCUCAAGAAGGGCGAGACGCUCCUCCCAGGACUGAUCGACGCCCACGCGCACGUCCUUCAGCAGGGCGAGUCUGCGAGCGCGGUCGACCUCGUCGGCGCUUCUUCCGUCUCAGAUGUCGUCGAGCGGAUCGCCCGCUUUGUCGCCGCCGACCCGGGCCUCGAAAAGGACAAGAGCCGGUUCAUCCUCGGCCUCGGCUGGGACCAGACGCGCUUCUCCGACACCGACGGCGCCUUUCCGACUGCUGACGACCUCGAGCGCGACCCUCGCCUGCGAGGCCGGCCGAUCUACCUCAAGCGCAUCGACGUGCACGGCCUGUGGGUCUCGCCGGCCGUCCUCGCCCUGUUGCCGUCCGACCUCCCGACCGACCUUCCCGGCGGCGAGAUCGUUCGAGGCGCCGACGGCCGACCGAGCGGCAUCUUUCUCGACAAUGCGAUGAGCUUCAUCGCCGCCGUCAUUCCUCCCUGGACCGACGCCUCGCGCAUGUCCUUUCUUCGCUCCACCGCCCUCUCGAUGCUCGAGCACGGCCUCACCUCGGUCCACGACGCGGCGCUGUCGCCCGCCGACGUGCGCUUCCUGCGCGCCCUUGACGAGCAAGGCCGGCUGCCGAUCCGUCUUUACGGCUUCGUCGGGUGCGAGCCGACCAACGCGUGGUGCGGCGACGACGACGGCAUCGAGCGCUACGAGGGCGACCGGUUCACCGUACGAGCGGCCAAGAUCUUUUCGGAUGGAGCGUUGGGCAGCUGGGGUGCGGCGAUGCACGAGCCGUAUUCAGAUGCGCCGGACAAGAAGGGCUUCAUGAUCACCGAGGAGGACGAGCUCGAGCCGCUCAUCGCCAAGUGGAUCGCCAAGGGCUUCCAGGUCAACUCGCACGGCAUCGGCGACCGCGCCAACACGGUCGUGCUCGACAUCUACGAGCGCGCUUUGCGCAACCUCACGCUCGCCGACGGGCGCGACCCGGACCAGGACGAGGAGCUGAGGAGGACGCAAAAGGAGGUUCGGCUCCGGGUCGAGCACGCGCAGAUCCUGACGCAGGACGACAUCAAGCGCAUGGGCCGCCUCGGGCUCAUCGCCUCGUUCCAGCCGACUCACGCGACGAGCGACAUGGCCUACGCCGAGGAGCGUCUCGGCUCGGAGCGCAUCAAGGGCGCGUACGCCUGGCGGUCGUUGCUCAGUGCCGGCGCGCCAUUCGCUCUCGGGUCCGACUUUCCUGUCGAGAAGGUCAACCCGUUCCUCGGUCUGUACGCGGCGACGACCCGCAAGUGGGCAGACGAGGGCCGCGAGGGGGACUCGCCUCAUGGUCGGGGAGGAUGGUAUCCUGCCGAGCGCCUCACCCCGCUCGAGGCCCUGCGCGGCUUUACGACCUCGGCCGCCUACGCCGCCUUCUCCGAGAACCGCGUCGGCGUCCUCGCAGUCGGCGCGCACGCCGACUUUAUCGUCGUCGACGGCGACCCGCUCGACGCCCCCGACGAAGGUGCGCCGGGCAGGGACGAGUGGGAGGCCAAGCUGCGCGGCAUGAAGGUGCGCGCGACGGUCGUCGGCGGGAGGGUCAUGCACGGCGGGUUCUGAGACGUGGGCGGUGCGCGCGGGAGGCGAGGGAGAAAAGAGGGUGUGCGGGGAGACGAUCGACGGGGUCGAGGACGAGGUCGACGACGAGGAGGGUCGGUCGGCGGCGCUGCAACGACGAGAGCGAGUUGCGCACAAUC